AUGGAGGUUCAAGGUCCAAAGAUCUCCAAUGUCUUAGCCAGAGUUUCAAAUUCGGCUAAUGAUAAGUCUCCAGAAACAUAUCCGGGAGUAGAGGUUAUCAAGGAAAAUCAGAAGUGCAAGUUGAUGGAUAUUAGUGGAAGAAAGCUGGUUGUUGCUGAAGGUCGUGUGCAUUCGACCGACCCAGAACAAAAGGUACAUUUUGUUAGAUUGGGGUUUGGUGCAGCAAGAGUUUGGGUAGAUAUAGUCAAAGUUGAUGAUGCAGCAGUGUGGAAGCCAUCAGAUGAAAUCGAGACUGUGAAAGAUGCACACGGUUCAUCAAUUGCAUGGCCCAUGGAUAAAUUGGUCAUCUAUUGA